CAGAGGGCAGCACAGGAUGCGAUGGCACGAUCCUGCCCGUAAGCAGUCUCCCAACUCAUCUCUGGAAAAGGUUGGGAGAGACUUUCUAUUGUCUUUGUUUCAAGUUAAUAACAUCCAGUAUGGCAGCCUCUAGAAUAAUGAACACAAUACGCGCACAAUGGCGUGAAGGAUGGGAUGAAGUCCCAUCACUGAUGGUAUGUCUGUGUAUAGCCAUUCCAGCUUAUACUUCAAUUAUUAUAGGUAACAUACGCGAAGCCUACCACCCAACGAAGCGUCGUUACUUUGAUCAACCCAAAGUGGUAAGGCCAAACGAUCCUGAACUACAAUUAGAAAAGUUACGUUUUGGGGAAAACUAAGGAAUUACAUAGUGAAUAAGAAGGUAUUGUAGUACAAAUACGUUAUCUGUAUGAAAAAGGCAUAAAAUAAAUCAAACUCGUAAUCCACAUGAGUACUACUCGAAUUUGUAAGCAGUGGAUAUGAAUUAUUGUAUUUUAUAAAUCCUCUAGUUACCUAAAUUCAUUGUUUAAAUUUUUUAUGCCAUUCUAAUAUAAAAAUCUUGUAUUCAAUCCAAACAUGAGAUAAAACGUAUCAUAAGGUGGAAUACAGAGAAUACGACACAUCGAUUGGUUCUACGUUCCACUUCUAUUCGUACAUGGACGAGGGUUUCUCACGUUUCUAACCGUUUUACUAGUUUUGCUAAAUCUAAUUAGAAGAGUCUCCAAAAACCGUAGUUCUUAUACAAUAAGCAUAUUUCAAUUUCAAGGAAUCAAUUCCGGUACUCGAGCGACAGCCAUCGGAGUGAGUGUGCAGAGUGCGCGAACGAUAGCAAGAGAACGUUCCACUCGCGUUCGAUAAACCUUGGUAAAGGUAUUUCGGCCAUUUUAAUCUACCACAUCAUACCCCUUCGCAAGAGCAUAUCGUACCUACAUUUGGCACGGGUUGCUUUCAAACGGCCCUGAUUUAAUGAGCUUUAUUCGAGAGGGAGUAAAAUAUCGUUCUGCUAUGAGAAAAGUGUCGAGAACCGGAAGAGGAGGCUCGUCUUCAUCGGCAAAGAAAGGCCACUGGUCUCAAGGACUUCUGACCUCCAUGGAGGACCCAGACAGCAAAGUAAAGGAGGACGAAUCCGUCAUCGUCAUUCGCGACAAAUAUCCGAAAGCUAGGUUCCAUUAUUUGGUACUACCGAAACGAGACAUCCCCGGGAUAUCCAGCCUGACUGCGGACGACCGUAGCCUGCUCGAGCACAUGGAGAAGGUCGGCUUGGAGUUAACCAAAGACCAGCCGAAUUGCGAGUUCAAAGUGGGAUACCAUGCCGUCCCUAGUAUGCAAAGGCUGCACUUGCACGUGAUAAGCACGGACUUCGACAGUCCUUGCUUGAAGACCAAACAGCAUUGGAACAGUUUUACGACGCCAUUUUUCCUUCCCUCACGAGACGUGCGGGAACAAUUGCAGCGCGAUGGCGCCGUGACUAAGAUGAGCCGAGAGGAGAGCGACAAGUACUUGAAGACGAGCCUUAAGUGCCACAAGUGCUCGGCGACUCCGAAAAACAUUCCCGAGUUGAAGCGGCAUUUGUUAAGUCACAUCGACGAUUGAAAACGAUCACCGAGAAUCGAUGCCUCCCAAUAAUGGCAAUCCCUCGGAGACGAUCGUCUCAGAUGUCAAGUUCAUCGUUGCAACUUUACCUGUACUUAUCUUCGUUUCCUAAUAAAAAGUGUCAGUACUUCUGCACAACGGCGUCCCCGUGCUUCGGUAAAAAUAUUACACCUGUACGGUUCUUCUUUUUUUUCUCUCUCUAAGGAUCUCUACAAAGGAUGCGCAAUUAAACUCCAAGUGAUGCGAUGUUUCGGAAAAAGUUUACUAUAAAUAAAUCUGAGACAGCUUAAUAGGGUUUGCUUUAUCGCCAGUACCACCAGGAACUAACUAUUUACAACGUUUUGUCUUCCUCGAAUUCUCGUGUAUCUGUAACGUGUGUAUGUAAGUGACUUUUGGAUACAUCGCUAUUUUAACGGGGGGCACGGUACCGCCGAAUCAUUGUGUACGACCUACGCGUGGUAUACAGGGUGUCCAGGUGAAACGUAUUCCCUACAUGUCGACUGCUACGUACAUUUAGUAAUACUGCGCUUAAUAGUUGGAGAAGUUUCUUUCUUUUCCGCGUAAAACCUCUCAUUGAAACAAUAGGCAACGGUGGAUAGUGCAAGGCUUCGCUGUUAUUGCUUGCAUCGCGAGGACACGUUGUAGUGUAACUAUAGUAACUGUAGUAAUUAUUCUAGAUGAUCCGCCUUAAGUAAUUCUCACCUACUAUAUGCUUAGGUACCACUCACCCUCUCGCGCGAUCCUCAUUCAGUCCACUUUCUCUCUCUCUCCCCCACAAACACGCGCACAUACACACGCAGUAACACCGUAUAAAUUAUUAAAUAUAAUUACCUAAUAUCUAUCUAUAUUAAGCCUAAUAUAUCUACCCAUAUCGUACAAUCGCCACGCCGCGCACAACCGCCGAGGCGGCUCAAGAACACAAUACUCUCAGUUCUAUUCCGACUCCGCCGUAGGUCCAACUAUUUAAGAGAGACCUGCAUAAAACGCAGGAGACAUAUCGGCGGAUUUAGAAAACGGCAGCCGAGCCGAUCCUUCGAACUCCCAGCUCGUAGCGAAUUAUCAUCUAGGCCAGGAAGAGAACGAAGAAAAAAAAAAAAAA